GUAGCCAUGGCCGUGGCCAACGACCCGUACAUCGGCGCGUGGAAGGUGGUGGAGGUGAUCUCGCUGUGCGGCUCCGGCGGUCAGACCUCGCUCGAGGGCACCGAGAUGAAGCUGGACGAGGCCGGCGACGUGACCUGGAUACUGCCCGAGGGCGGUGACGUCGACUGCGCCCUGUUCCGCUGCGAGGCCUACGACCUGGUGACGGACCACUCGUACAAUAACGACCGGCGCUCGCUCAUGCUGGCCGCCGUCAGCGGACAUGCCAUCGUCUUCAAGGUGGACCACCCGACGCCGCAGGACCUGAUGGUGCUCACCUGCGAGGACUGGUGCAUCCUGCAGUGUCAGCGCGUGCCGUGCCGCGAGCCACCGCCGGACCACGCCUUUUCGCUGGCCCGGCUGCUCGGCGCCGAGAUGUACGCCGACCUGACACUCACCGCGGCGGACGGCACCCAGCUGCGCGCGCACAGUCUGGUGGUGCGCCUGCUGGCGCCGACGCUCGACUGGCCGUCAGACCCGCUGCGCCACCUGCCGGCCGAGCAGCUGCGCGCGCUGCUGCACUACCUGUACACCGAGUCGCUGCCGGCGCUGGCAGAGCUCUGCCGCCGAUACGUCACCAACGUCUCGCUCAGAGAGGCGCUGUGCGCCCUGGUGUGGGAGACGCUGGGCUGCUGCCAGUCGGUGGCCGACCAGCUGGCAGCCGCCUGCCGGGAUCAGCAGCAGGGCGUCGAGACCGUGUUCGGCUGCCCCGGCCGCGUCUCCGCCCUGGUCCGGCUCUGCCUCCGACAGGUGGCCGUCGGCCUGAGCAAGCUGACGCUGGCGUUCGACCUGUACGGCCGGCACGAGGCGUCGCUGGACGCGGCCGAGCGGCGCGAGGUCAUCCGGUACGCCCAGUCGCGGCUGCCGCUCUUCCUCGGCCAGCUGCAGAGGGUGCUGCUGGGCCUGCGCUCGCUCCUGUCGGCGGCCAACCAGGCGCAGAGGACAGCCCUGGCCGCUCGCGCCGUCUCAGAGCUGGAGUGGCUCUAA